CCCUUGGAGUUUUAAUUAGGGUUCUUGGAUAAUGGGGAGCUGGAGGCGCUGGAUCCUUGCGCCGGCGCUGCUGCUCGUGGUGCUCGCAGCUUGUGAUGCGAUUUACGAGGAUCAGGUUGGGCUAUGGGACUGGCACCAGGAAUACAUUGGAAAAGUAACUCACGCAGUGUUCCAGACUGCUAGCGGCAAGAAGCGCGUUAUUGUAGCUACAGAGAAGAGCGUGGUCGCAUCACUCAAUCUUCGCUCUGGAGAGAUUUUUUGGAGGCAAGUUCUAGAGGAGUCGGAGCCGAUUGAUGGACUCCAAGUAGCUCUUGGCAAAUAUGCGGUCUCAUUGUCUCGAGGAGGCUCCUUGAGAUCAUUCCAUCUUCCUGACGGUUCACUUAUCUGGGAAACUUCGUUAUACACUUCGCCAUCUCCUGCUCAGCUUUUUCUCCUGCCGUCUGAUGAUCUACUUGUUCUGAAACAAGGGAUAGUUUAUGUCGUGUCAAGUGCCGACGGCCGGCUUCUUUGGACUUCUGAUUUGCUGGAUGAAAGGCUGGCUCAGACCUCCUUGAGCUUUGAAGGCAAGAAUAUAUACGUCGCUGGGUUUUCUGGAUCAUCCCUCGCACUUUUCCGCAUCGAUGCGAGCACUGGCGCUUUCACAACUCUAAAGACAACCGAACCGUUGAAUCCUUCUAGCUUCGUUUUGAGCUCUGGAGUUUUCGCGGCUCUGGAUACUCAGGGAAACAUUGUUACUGGUCUUAUGGAAGCCGAAGUGGUAGAGCUGCAAAAGACAAGUCUUGCUACACUUCUCGAUUCGCCAGUUUCAAGCGCGCAGCUUUUACCAGACAAGAUCCCUGGAGGUUGCGUCCUUUCUACAGACGGCGGCUCCAUUUUUGUUCUGGGAUUGGACAAGAAAGGUGUGGAAGUGCUUCAACAGAUCCAGGGGCCACCGGUUGUCAGUAACAGCAUCGUUCUCGACGGUACUUUUGCGCAGUCGUUUCUUCAGCAUAUCAACUCCAAAGAAAUUCGCGUCCGUGUGCUUAGUGGCAAGGAAUGGAUUGAGACUGCUGAGGAGACAGUGGAGGUAGAUCCAAACAAGGGAGGGGUACAGAAAGUGUUCAUGAACGCUUACAUCAAAACAGAUAGAAGCCGUGGAUUCCGGGUCCUUAUAGUCGGACAGGAUCACUCCUUGGCUUUGCUGCAGCAGGGAAAGGUGGUGUGGAGCAGAGAGGAAGCACUUGCUUCCGUCGUGGAUACUUUGACUGCUGAGCUUCCGUUGGAAAAAGCUGGUGUUUCUGUUGCAGAAGUCGAGCACGAUCUCUACGAGUGGCUCAAGGGGCAUGUUUUGCGCUUGAAAUCCACGCUUAUGCUUGCAACAGCCGAGGAGCAGACGGCUUUACAAGCCUUGCGCCUGAAUAACGCAGACAAGACGAAAAUGACGCGUGAUCACAACGGUUUUAGGAAGCUCAUAGUCGUCCUCACAAGUUCCGGAAAGCUUUUCGCUCUUCAUACUGGAAAUGGUGGCAUAGUGUGGUCGCGCUUCAUUCCUGAAUUGUCGACGAAAGGUUCCUUGAAGCUGUAUCCGUGGAGAAUUCCUCACAAGCACGUCGACGAGAAUGCGGUUGCUCUUGUAUUGGGAUCGUCCCACGAUGGAACUGGGUUUGCGGCCUGGGUAGACAUGCUCACAGGCAGUGUGCAGGAAACUUUGGCACUUCCUUACUCGGUCAAGGUUGCUCUCGCUCUGCCAGUCGUAGAUUCAUCGGAACGAAGGCUCCACUUACUUAUUGACGACCAGAACAAGGCUCAUCUUUAUCCUACGAGCGACGAGAGCUUGAGCCUCUUUGAGAAGUACAUGCAGAACGUCUACUUCUACAUAGCUGAUAAAGAAGCCGGGCAAAUAGAAGGAUACAACAUCAAGUCGCAGGUCGACGCUGGAGAAGAAGGCGGACUGGUUUUCCAGUCGCAAAAGAUAUGGUCUGUACUGUUUCCGAAGGACUCGGAAACUAUUGCGGCAAUCACAACGAGAAGAGCAGAUGAGAUGGUGCACACGCAAGCUAAAGUUCUGGGCAAUCGUGACGUAUGGUACAAAUAUCUCAACAAAAACAUGGUUUUCGUUGCAACAGUGACACCUCAAGAUUCUAGAGUUGGCGCCGCCAACCCGGAAGAGACGUGGCUAGUUGCGUACCUUAUUGACAGUGUCACUGGCCAAAUUCUCCAUCGUGUCUCGCAUGCACACGCACAGGGUCCCGUUCACGUGGUUUUCAGCGAGAACUGGGUUGUCUAUUGCUACUUCAAUGUGCGCAACCACCGUCACGAGAUGUCUGUGUUGGAAGUUUAUGACAAAUCCGCGGACGGGAAAGAUGUGCUUCAAUUAAUGCUGGGACGCUACAACGCCAGCGUCCCGUUUUCGUCGUUCUCACCACGCAACUUGGAAGUUAAGGGACAGAGCUACUUUUUCCCGUCCACAGUCAGGACAAUGAGUGUUACGUUCACUGCAAGAGGCAUCACGGGAAAGCAAAUACUCGUUGGUACUAUAGGAAACCAGGUAAUCGCUCUGGACAAGCGGUUUUUGGAUCCACGCAGGUCCGCGGAUCCGACUCCCAUGGAAAGGGAGGAAGGUGUGAUUCCUCUCUCCGAGGGUCUCCCACUUUUUCCACAGUCGUAUCUCACACACGCGGCUCGAGUGGAGGAACUCCGGGGGAUCAUCAGCGUCCCUGCUCGGCUAGAAUCGACGUGCUUGGUAUUCGCCUACGGGAUCGAUUUGUUCUUCACGAGAACAGCGCCAUCGCGAACUUACGACUCGCUCACCGAGGACUUUAGCUACGCUUUGCUGCUCAUCACGAUCGUGGUUCUGGUGGUGGCCAUCGCCGUGAGCAUGGUGCUGUCGCAAAGAAAGGAGCUCCGAGAGAAAUGGAAGUAAGAAAACGCGAAGAAGGAAGAACUACACGAACGAGCUUUUUUGUGUCAUAUAAGGCGCGGCCGUACGAGUGUACCGAAAAUGUAUGCACGCUGUACGAUCCUGCCUUUAAGAUUCUAACGGACUCGCGAUAAAAGAAAUAUUUUGACA